UGUUCUUUUCUUUGAAGUUAUCUUAGAUUUUGAUUAUAAUGUAAACACAGCAGUCAUCUAUCCCAGCUGGUGAUUUAUUGAUUCUGCUGGUGAUUUGAGACUACGUGGUUGUCAUAGUAACACUGAUCUAUUCAGUCACACUUGAUUGGUUUUACUUGGAAUGUACUUGACCCAGUGACCUUUCAAGAAAUUUUCACUUCUGUAACGACGCUGGAACAAUAUUGAGGACAAAUCGUAAAUAUGUCUUCAGAACCCGUCAUACUGAACGUGUAUGAUAUGUUCUGGACCAAUGAAUACACGUCAUCAUUGGGAAUCGGAGUUUAUCAUUCUGGACUGCAGGUUUACCAGAGAGAGUUUGCUUAUGGAGGGCAUGCGUACCCUUUCACUGGUGUAUUUGAGAUUGCACCAGGGGACUCUGUGGAACUUGGAGAAACGUUUAAAUUCAAAGAGAGCGUAGUUCUUGGGACGACGGAUUUCCAGGAGCGAGACAUCGAAAUGAUAAUUGAGCAGCUCGGACAAGAGUACAAAGGCAACGCCUAUCACCUAAUGCACAAGAAUUGUAACCAUUUCACACACGCUCUUUCUGUGAUUCUCUGCGGAGUUCGGAUUCCAAAAUGGGUGAAUCGUCUUGCACACAUGAGCGCUUGCGUUCCAUUACUUCAAAGAUGUCUCCCUCAGGAAUGGUUGACGCCUGCUGCUCUUGCGAACACGGUCGAACGAAGAAACGAGGAAGAACAACAAGAAACAAACAACAGGACAUGAAUUUAGGCUUAGCCUUAAAUUCAGCAUAAGUAUGAAAGAUAAACAACAACACAUCAAGCCAGGCUUAGCCUGAAAUUCCGCAGCAUUUUAAAAUAUGAACAACAACAGUUGAAUUUAGGCUUGGCCUAAAAUUCAGCUAAACUAUGAAAGAACGACAACUCAUCAAGCCAGGCUUAGCCUAAAUAUCAGCAAAAUUUUAAAAGAAUAAACAACAGAACAAUUGAGGCUUAGGCUUAGCCUGAAAAUCAGCAGCAACAGGCUGCUGAUUGGCAAAAUACAAAAAACAAUUUCCUAAUCUGGCUUAGUCUGAAAUCAGCAAAUUUAUGGAAGAAAAACAGCAACAAUUCGGGCUUAGCCUCGAUUUUAUCUCUCUUAACAAAUUACUGAAGGCUAGGCCACUCACCCAUUUAUGUUUGUGAUAUUCAAUAACCAGUAAACCGUAUCCCUGUACUGAAACGUAAUUUUCCGGUACAGCAUCGUCCACCCCGUUCAUUACACCAUGGGUAAGGUGAUAGGCGUGGAAUUUGAACCUGAAACAUUUCAAUGGGAAUACAGUCCCAACAUGCUAGCCUUGCAUGCGCUAUUGAAUCAAAUAUUUUUGUUUAAAAAUUUUGUAUUUUUUUUUUUAAUUUAAAAAUAUUUUUCAUCAGAAGCUCUUGCCAUACUUUUUUAA